AAAGAACAGUUGAAAACAUCCGAUUUGUAAUUUAAUUCGAAGAGGCACUUAUCUUUCUACCUGUGGAUAUGUAUUGGAGUAAUACCUUUGUAGUAUAUUGCUUACUUGUAUUCCAUAAAUCACUUGGGAAACUGGAGGUCCCCCGUGGAUUUAAUCAAGAGGGUUACUGUUAUGCGUGUCUCUGUGUUGUAAAUGAAAUCGAGGGUGAUUUGGGAGAACUGAAACACGAUGACCCGGAUCUUGAAAGUAAGGUGUACGAGACGAUGGAUACAAUAUGUGCUGGCAGGCACUACGUGUCGUAUGAAUACAUCCCCCCGAAGAUGGUCAAGCUUUGCCAAUAUAUAACAGAGAAAGAUCCAGAAUCAAUGGAAGAUCUACUGCUAGAACAUUACAAGACAGAAAACAGGCAGUUAAAAGAGUUAGAAAAAGUUCUAUGUGUUGAUUUGAUUGAGACGUGUUUGGAGGAUUCGCCAUCUCGUAGCGAAUACGAGACGAGGAAUCGUGAGCAACGUGGUUCAACGAAAGCACGGGUUGUAAAUAUGGAUGGGUCGGAAAAGGAAUUUGACGUUCCACUGGCUAAUAGUCAAGAAGAUAUUGACAAGAAAAAGAAGGAAAGAGCGGAACGAAAAAAGAAAGCUGAAGAAAUAGAAAAGAAGGAAGAACUUUAGACCAUCAAUUUAGAUUAUAUUCAAGAAUCUUGAAUAGUGCAUAUUUGAAAGUGUCAUUGCAUUUUCAUUUAUCCUCAUAAUUUUAUUUAAAGACAUUGUUCAUCUUCAUCCACUUAUAUAUAUUAUAAUGAUCAAAAAGUAUCAUGUUUAUAGAAUCACUCAUAUGUGAGUAACUAAUCGUUCCUGCGGUCUAUGUACAUUAUACAAAAGC